GUUUGUGUCUGAUGGUAUGUUACGUGCAGAACUCAACGAGUUCUUGACACGAGAACUUGCUGAAGAUGGUUAUUCUGGCGUUGAUGUCCGUGCUGCUCCAUCACGUACAGAAAUUGUUAUUUCUGCAACACGUACCCAAAAUGUAUUGGGUGACAAGGGACGCCGUAUUCGCGAACUUACGUCUCUUAUCCAGAAACGUUUUGACUUCAAAGAUAAGGCAGUCGAACUUUUCGCCGAGAAAGUAGCGCAACGUGGAUUAUGUGCUGUUGCCCAAGCAGAGUCAUUACGUUACAAGUUGAUUGGUGGUCUAGCUGUCAGGAGGGCAUGUUAUGGUGUGUUGAGGUUCAUCAUGGAAAGUGGGGCUAAAGGAUGUGAAGUUGUAGUAUCUGGUAAAUUAAGAGGUCAGCGUGCUAAAUCAAUGAAAUUCGUUGAUGGACUUAUGAUUCACAGUGGUGACCCAUGCAAUGAUUACGUCAAUGUUGCUACUAGACACGUUUUGUUAAGACAAGGCGUUUUGGGUAUCAAGGUAAAAAUUAUGUUGCCGUGGGACCAAACAGGUAAACUUGGCCCAAAGAAGCCUUUGCCAGACAAUGUCAGCGUUGCAGAACCUAAAGAAGAAAUUCUACCCAUUGCACCAACCAGUGAUAUUAAAUCAAAACCUGAAGUAGCAGUACCUGCUGUUCCAGUUGUACCUGUUGUUGGUUGAAAUGAUUGUAUAAAAUAAACUCAAGUUUUUUUUAAACACAA